GGCGCGGCCCGGCCCGCCGCCGCCGGCCCCGCCGAGCCAUAAAGCCCAUGGGGAGCCGGCGGCGGCUGGGCUGAGCGAGGCCAGGACCCCGGGCGCCCUGGGCCCUCCCCAAGCAAGAUGACGUCGGCCACCAAGGUGUACUACAGCCAGACCACGCAGACGGACAGCCGCCCGCUCAUCGGCUCGGGCCUGCGCCGGCGCCGGGUGAUGACCAAGGACGGCCGCAGCAAUGUGCGGAUGGAGCACAUCGCCGACAAGCGCUUCCUGUACCUCAAGGACCUGUGGACCACCUUCAUCGACAUGCAAUGGCGGUACAAGCUAGUCCUGUUCUCCGCCACCUUCGCGGGCACCUGGUUCGCCUUCGGCGUCGUCUGGUACCUGGUGGCUGUGGUCCACGGGGACCUGCUGGAGUUCGACCCACCGGCCAACCACACACCGUGCGUCAUGCAGGUGCACACCCUCACUGGUGCCUUCCUCUUCUCCCUGGAGUCCCAGACCACCAUCGGCUAUGGCUUCCGCUACAUCAGCGAGGAGUGUCCCCUCGCCAUCGUCCUGCUCAUCACUCAGCUGGUCCUCACCACCAUCAUGGAGAUCUUCAUCACUGGCACCUUCCUGGCCAAGAUCGCCCGGCCCAAGAAACGCGCCGAGACCAUCAAGUUCAGCCAAAAUGCGGUGGUGGCCCAACACAACGGCAAGACCUGCCUGAUGAUCCGCGUGGCCAACAUGCGCAAGAGCCUGCUCAUCGGCUGCCAGGUGACGGGCAAGCUCCUGCAGACCCACCUCACCAAGGAGGGCGAGAGUGUCCGCCUCAACCAGGUCAACGUGGACUUCCAGGUGGACACCUCCUCCGACAGCCCCUUCCUCAUCCUGCCCCUCACCUUCUACCACGUGGUGGACGACGCCAGCCCCUUCCGGGACGUGGCCCUACGGACGGGCGAAGGCGACUUCGAGCUGGUGGUCAUCCUCAGCGGUACCGUGGAGUCCACCAGCGCCACGUGCCAGGUGCGCACCUCCUACCUGCCCGAGGAGAUCCUCUGGGGCUACGAGUUCACCCCAGCCAUCUCCCUCUCGGCCAGCGGCAAGUACGUGGCCGACUUCAGCCUCUUCGACCAGGUGGUGAAGGUGACGGCGCCCUGUUGUCUCCACGAGACCGUCCGGUUCGGGGACCCCGAGAAGGUGAAGCUGGAGGAGUCCCUGAGGGAGGCGGCAGAGCGGGAGCGGGAGGGAGCACCCCUGAGCGUCCGCAUCAGCAACGUCUGAGCACCUGCCAGGAUGCCGCUGAUGCCGCCGGAGGUGCCACCAGCCCCCAGAGAUGCCACCAGCACCCGGAGAGGCCACCAGCUCUUUCCCCCAUCCUGUCCUCCUGGGCCAUUUUCCCCCUUCCUUGUGGCAUGGGGCAGCUCCCUUGGGGACCCCCGUGGGUGUUUGCCUGCCAGUGGGGCUGUCCCCCCACCCUGUCCCAGUCCACCUGGGGACAGGGCUGUCCCCAUCCCUCCUCACCUAAUGCUCUGUUAACACCAGCCAGAGACCCCCCAGCCCCACCACAGGACACAAUCCUGCCGGGAGAUGCUGUCCCCAGGGAGGGGGACAUGGCCACCUCCAGCCCCUGGGAACAGCCAGGGACACCACUUCUUGCCAGCCGGGAGCCAUCUUGCUGCCCGAUCCCACCCCAGUGAGCUGGGGUUGAGAACCAAGCCACUCGCUGCACAUGUGGGCUGGGGAGCAGGAGGCUCUGACCUCGUGGGACCUCUCCCCUUGCUCGUGGGACCC